AUGUUCCCUUCCACAUUGCCUUCUCCUUACAAGGUCUCACCUCCUGCCCGUGGCCAUUCUGGUUCAGGCCGCAGCUAUCCUUCACCGGCGAUCGUCUGCCCAUCUGUUGCCCGUGCUGGUCAGUUCGAGCGGGCGCGCGCAGUGCCUUCAUGUCGGGUGGCCAAGGCAGCGCGCAGGACCGGGCACUCAGGAGGAAGUUAAAGGCUCAGCCGUCUACAGAGGUUGCUACGAAAGCUUGUAAGGAUAACCUGAAAAGGGUACUCAGAGAACCAGAUCUACCUCGUGAAGGGUACUAGCGGUAAGACGGCCGAUGAGGAUGUGCUGGAGGGCGUGCGGGAGAAGCGGAAGAAUCCCUCGUUCGCCUUGGGUUCCGUUUUCUACCGCAAUGUGCGGCAGCGGCAUCCGAAGCACGUGUCGCGCCCGGAGCUUCUCACAGCUCCUGAUCCGCCUGAGCAGGUGGACCCCGCGCUCCUGCGGGCGAUGGUCCCCACGAAGAAAAAGAAGCCCGACCACUCCUUGGUGGUCACGUGGAUCGGGUCGAAGACGCCGAGAAACAGGACCGAGGUGAUCGGGUUGACGAAAUGGAUGCAAACAAUCAGCCCCAGCUGUCCGAAGCAGGCCGCGCUCGCCCAGGCUUUCGCGCGAUUCGUCCACAGAGCUGGCCUGGCGACCUCCUACGCCGAUUACUACGAGGCGUUCUUCAAACCCUUCUGCGACACCACGGUGAAUUCGGCGUGGAAGCGGGCGACGUCGGCUAAGGUGAAAGCGAAGCCCACGGCUGCCCAGUUCUGCAAGGACAAUUUGUCUCUCGUGGUGUCGGCGAUGCCAGAGGAGCCGUUGAAGAAGGUGUUGGGUUGCAACGGGGACUACGGCACCGUCUUGUCGGAGCUGAACACUGUGAUCGGCAGUGGCGACGCGGGCAUGGCGAUGUGGCCGUUCGCUUUGCUGACAGUCCUUGGUAAGAAGGUCGACGGAAUCAUCGAAGAGGAGGCGGUCAAGUGGGGCAAGGCAGGUCCUUUGACGCAGGAGAGCCUCCAGCAGCAGAAGACCGACAUCAUCGCGAAGGUGGCCGACAUCGAGAAUAACGAGCUCUUGCCCGCGAGUCGGGCCGUGGAGUUCACGGUCGCGGGCACCAAGUUCACCUUCGACGUGGAGUCGCUGGCUCACCACGUGAGUUUGCAGUUGUCAUUCGCGUGGAGGCCGAUCGCCACGAACGCGAAUCUCUUGGAGAAGCUAUUCUGUUACGACGCGGUGCUCCCGAACCCUCGGCCGAUUUCGGAUGUCAGGGUCAGCGAGUGUCUGUAUGGGGGCCCGAAUGCCGCGCGGAAGGGAGCCAACAAAGCCUUCCGCGAGUCUGGUGACCUGACCGGGGAGCAGACGCGGAACACGAUGAAGAAGAUCAAGGCCAGCUUCGUGGUCUCGGACCCUGACUUCGACGCGGACGCGCUGUUGAUCAUGUCCGUGGGCGGUGACAAUGGGUACGUGCGCCUGGUCGUGGCCAUGGAGAAGCUCUUCCCCACGGCGGGCGGGCAGAAGAAUGUCGAGACCGUCUUGCACGAGAUCGCCGCCAUGGUGAAUGAUAACAUUUACAAGCUCGCCUCCAAGGCCGCCCAGGUUAUGCAUGAUGCAGUCAAGAAGGUGCUGUGCUCCCUUGUCGAUGCGAAGUGUCCUGAGCUCGGAUCUCUGGAGGCCGAGCCGAAGGUCAAGGGGCUCGUCGACAAGUUCGAUUAUUUUGUCCGGUUCACCGAGUCGUCUGGCCAGGGCUCCAAGGGGAGGGUGCUGACCGGCCUCGCCGCAAUGAAGGCCAAGCUGCAGCGGGUGACCGAGAAGAAGGCCCAGGGCCCCGUGACGAAGGCCGACGUGGAGGAGCUCGAGACCUACAUGUUCCUUGUGCCAGACUCUGACAAAGCGAACUUCUUGGCCAUAAUCAAAGAGGCGAACGACAGCCAGUCGGCCCAUCUCCAGAAGGCAGCGAAAGCGAAAAAGGGGGCCUCAUCAAAGAAGGACAAGGCGGUGUCCGAGGCGAUGGCGAUGUUCACCUGAGGCGUGCUGCGGUGAUUUUGCUUUCAGGCCAAUCAGUGGAUUGGCGGCCGGCUGGGCGCCGGCGGGGAUCGCAUGAAUGACGAGAUAACCACAAAAUCACUCC